AUGAGUGAAUAUGUUAAUUGGAGUUAUAAUGAUUUAAAAAAUGAAAAAUUAUUCUUAUCACAUUGUUGGGAUAAUUUGAAAGAAUCUCUUAACCAAUUAGCUUUUUCGAAUUAUAAGACAUAUGCUGAUGCUAGUAGAACUUCUCAAGAAUGUACUACAACAAUAACUCAAUUAGAUGAUUUUUUAAAAUCUUCUUUACCAGAAAUUAAUCAUAUAAUUAAUAGUGCAAAAGAAUUUUCUGAAAAAAGUAAAGAAAUUUAUAACAAUUUUGAUACACUUAGAAAACUUCAUUCUUCAGAAUCUGUAGGAAGGCAAUUAAUAUCACUACCAAAAAUGAUGGAUGAUUGUGUUAGAGAGGGACAAUAUGAAUCUGCAUACAUGUUAACUAAAUUUGGAUUAGAUUUAACGAGAAAUAGAUUAACUGAAAAACCAAUUGUAAAAGUUGUAGCAGAAAAUUUAAUGGAAUCAAGACAUAAAUUAUUAGAUGAACUAUUUAAUAAAUUUGCUUUUUCAAUAGAUUUAGCAACAAGUAUUAAAGUUAUUAGUAGCAUUAAACAGAUUCCUUUUGUGACAAAUGUACAAAUGAAAGUUUCACUUCUCCAAUACAGAGAUCUUUAUUUAGAUAAAUUAUUAGCAAAUAUAAUUGAGGAUCAAGAUUUUUAUAUGAAAAUGAUUGAUAUAUUUAGAGAUUGUAUUCAUGAUACAAUUGUUUUAUAUAUUUCUGUAUUUCCUGAAAGAGUUGUUUCAAGAAAGAAUGAAAAAAUUAAAUGGGAACAAUGGAAUAAAGGAUCCCAAACAUUUCUUCUUCAUUCCUGGGCUCUUCAUAAUAUUAAUAGAAUGUUUGAAAAUUUAGAAAAUAUUGAAAAAAAUAAAACUUUAAUUGAUAUAGAAGCUAUUUAUAUGAAACUUGUUAGUUGUGCUUCCUCUUUUUCAAGAAUUGGAUUAGAUUUUAGAAAUACAGUUGCUGAUAAGUUUAAACAAAUAAUGCUUAAAUAUACAUUCCAUAAUAUUGAUACUUGUACAGUAAAAUUAACAUCAGCAACAAAAUUAAAUAUUGUUAGUGCAGAUGAAAAUUAUGAAAAUGCUACAAAACCAUUAGUUGAAAAUGAAUUUCUUUCUGUUCAUUUAAAUAAUUUAAAGACACAUUGGUCACUUUAUCGAUGGGAUGAUGGAACAGUAUAUGCUAAUGAUAUUGUGGCUAUUCUUAAUGACAUGAGGCAUUUCCUUUUACCAUCUAAUUUAAAUUCAAUAAUAAUAGUAUUAAAAAAUUCAUUUAGACAAAUAUUUGAAUGGUUAGAUAAUUUCAUUAGUGAAGAAUAUAGGAAUAAUGAACCAUUGGCAGAGAUGAUGUUUAUUAAAGAAGUUAUUCCUUAUAUUGAAGCAUGUUUAAAAAAAAUAUUUCCAUAUGAUUUAAUUAAUGAUUUAUAUAAUGGAGAAGUUGAUGAAGAUGAUUAUAAUUCAUUUUUAACAUUAUUUGAUAAAGAAUGUUUGAAGAAUUGUAACAAUGCUGCUUUUUUUGAAAAAAUUUAUUAUGAAGAUAACAACAAGAAUGAAAUAGAAAAUGAAUAA